AUGCGAAGCUGCUUAUGUUACAGGGUGCUUUUUCUUGAAGAGGUUGAUGAAGAUGUUGUGAAGAGCAGAAGGAACGCUUAUAUGGAGUUUGCAAGCAUUUCUUCCAUCCGUUAUCAGUGGUUUAAAGAUUCUUUCAAGCUAUGGGUUCAACCACCGUCUAAGGGUCCGGUUUCGUUGUUUGGUUUCGUUGACUGUGGGGAAUGCAUCGAAGACGAAUGGUUCAUUGUAUGGAUUCUUUUGGAACUUAGCAAAUUUGAUCCACGCAUUAUUAUUCAGGUUUCUGAUGAAGAUGGUGAAUUUCUUCUCAUUGAAUGUGCGAAUCACUUGCCGAAGUGGUUGAAUCCCGAAAACGCUGAGAAUCGUGUAUGGUUGUACCAAGGAAAGCUGAAUAUCCUUUGCAAAAACCGGAAGGUCAAAAUGACAUUAAAUGAUGCCUUGCAUUCUUUCAAAGUUUUCAACGCCUCUGAUUUCCUUUUGUCAAGUACGAUACAGUCUGCUAUUCAGAAAAGAAUAAUGAAAUAUCCUGAUUCUAUUGAAACAGCGCAUUUGGCUCAUAUAACAAUUCCUUACUCAGUCGCAGCUAUCUUCACAACAUUUUAUUCAAAGCGUAUCAUUAACUCAUCUAUAGAUAUUCUAGCAGAUAAAAUCUCCGACGGUUCUGGUGUACAAUCAUGGCUGAAGUUGUUUAACAAAAAUCUAACUAUUUUCGCAAACCAUUGUAUGAAUAAGGGUGGUCCUCGUAGGCAUAACUGGCCAAAAUUAGCUGAAUUAUCAAAAUCUUACGUAACCAUUCCUGUAUGGUUCAAUCGACUUCGUUAUGCUCGACUGCGUUCAUUACCAACGCCAGGCGGAAUGAUGCAACCUCAGAGUAACAAUACUGCAUCUCGUCGCUUAGCUGCUGAACUUGGACUGAAAUUGUGUAUUGGACUUGAUCUUCUGUUGAACAAUGUUAACUCGCAUACACAAAAUUCGCAGUUCACGCCUGAUUUUUUGAUUCCCAGUGAAUCUAAGGAAAAGUGGGGCGUAUUUGUUGAAAGAUUGACCAGUAUCGGCUACUUUCAGGGUACUGCGGAGAAUUCUUGGUUGCACAGACAGCUGCAGAAUCAAGCUGAAUGUCAUUUCACCGAUUGUCUUUCAGAAACAUCAUCGAAACCACCGGCUUACGUCGUCACUUCUGAUGAUUUCUUAUCCACUUCACAUACAAAAGACUCACUUAAGGAGCACAGUAACACUUUAUUCUCCUUAUUAAAUUAUAUUGAAAACAAUGAAUCAUCUUCAUCUUUGGUUGAUAAAAUUGAUUCUAUGGAGGGAGAAAAUGGAAUACCUCCUGCUGAUGACGAGUCAUGGAUGUUCAUUACUCUAGAAGAAUUGGAUGAAAUUUUGUUGGAGCGUAAUGGAACAAAUGAAGCUAAUUUACCAUGCAAUUCAAUUUCAUCAAUUCUCAAAGAAUUUAUGAAUUCUUCAUCCUCUUCAAGGGUAUUGAGCCAAGGAAACAUUGCCUUGGGAUAA